AUGGAGUAUGGGCUUGGUGAAAAGCCAUCACAAGGAGGAGAUGUGUAUAGCUUUGGAGUGAUGUUGUUAGAGCUCUUGAGUGGGAAAAGCCCAAUGGACGCUAGCUUCGAAGGAGAUCAAAAUCUAAUAUCAUGGAUCAGUUAUGGGUUUCAAAGUAAUGCAAUUAUGGAAGUGAUUGAUCCUAAACUUACGGGGCUCAUCGAUGUUUCUGGUGCACAACUUAAUGAAAAACUUGAUUGCCUUAAGAAAACUAUUGAAGUUGGCUUGGCUUGUACUUCGUACGCAGUUGGCGGACGGAUGAACAUGAGAGAUGUGCUACGCUCAUUGAAAGAGGCCAAGGACAUGCUUAUCAAGGGAAACUAA